UCCCGCCUGUAGUUGCACUCAUUGUCGGCUGAAAAUACACAGUCAUCUCUGGUUGACUUUUAGACAUUUACCACAGCGGGAUGAACGAAGUUUUUGGAAGUUUGACAGCUCAUGGCUCCUAGGAAAAGACCACUGCCUAAUCCCCUUCCAAGCGGUUUUAUACUGACCGACACCGGGAAGAAGCAAUGGAGACUGGGCCAAGUCAUUGGCCAAGGAGGCUUUGGAUUAAUCUACUUGGCUUCACAGGACCUGGACAUGCCGGUUGUAGAGGACUCUAAUUAUGUGAUUAAAGUGGUGAGGACAGUAGGCCAAUGGCUGAUUUUGUUGAGUACCAUGAGAAUGGGCCUUUGUUUUCUGAGCUCAAGUUCUAUCAGAGGGCAACUAAACCAGAGAACAAGGUGGAAGAGAACCAACAAGCUGGAUUUCCUGGGAAUCCCUACAUACUGGGGUUCAGGACAGUCAGAACAUUGUGGGACCAGUUAUAGGUUCAUGGUGAUGGACCGUCUGGGCAGUGACCUGCAGAAGGUGUGUGACCUCAACGGUGGCAGGUUAAAGAAACACACCGUGCUUCAGCUUGGGCGAGGCCUACUGGAUGUGCUGGAGUAUAUCCAUGACAAUGAGUAUGUCCAUGCAGACAUAAAGGCAGCCAACCUGAUGCUUGGUCACACAGACACUGACAAGGUGUAUCUAGCUGACUAUGGCCUGUCCUAUAGGUACAGCCCAGACGGUGUGCACAAGGAGUACAAGGAGAAUCCAAAGAAGGGACACAAUGGAACCAUUGAGUACACCAGCAUAGAUGCCCACAAGGGAGUUGCUCCAUCUAGACGUGGGGACCUGGAGGUGUUGGGCUUCUGUCUACUCCACUGGCUUUGUGGUUCCCUGCCCUGGACCUCUGUGCUCAGGCAACCAUUGAAGGUCCUGGAGUCCAAAACCAGACUCAUGGAAAAUCUACCUGGCUCGGUGCAGCAGCUGUCUGUGGGCGGAGCUUCCGCAGAUGAAUUGGCCAGUUUUUUGCUUUGUGUCAAAACACUGGGUUAUAAGGAGCGUCCAGACUACAAGAAGCUGAGAGAGCUGCUGUCAGAGUCGGGACAGAGGGUGAACAGAGGCCAGGGAAGGCUGGAUCUCUCUGGGCCACAGCCGAUGGAAAGAUGGAAGAACAUGGAGCGAACUAAAGGGUCAUCUAUGCCAGCGUCUGUAUUAGUAAAGAAGACUGAGGAGGAAGACGAUGAGGAAAUGGAACAUGAUACGAGGCCUAAAACUAUAUCAUCUCGCUACAUAAGAGGACCGCCCAUAUCCAAGUCCCAGAAGGCAGGUGCAGCUAAAGGCCAGACUAAAUCAAAGCCUGUGUACGUAGAGGAUGAGGAGUGUGAGGAAGACAAGGGCAACACGCGUAGAUCCAGACCUGUGCUUUCUCAGUACAUCAGAGGACCUCCCAUAUCCAAACCUCAGUCUGAACAGGUGAAAACAUCAACACAAACCAAACGGCGUGUGAAGGAAACAGUUCUUGUGACCUCAAGACCACAGGUCAACCAUGGACAGUCAUACCCCAGGGGUGGUAUAACCCUUACAAAGAGCAAAUUGGGUCAAAUGCAGAAUUACUUUGGAGAGGAGGACUUCCGUUGGACACCUGGAGAAGAACAUUGUUACAUGGAGGCUGAUGGUUGGGAGAAAUUCAACCAUGACCAGACUGACCAUGCUGAGUGGGAGGGAAAUGGCAGUAUAGACCCCCGCCAUCAAGCAGAUCCUUCUAAACUGAAGCCUGACUGGGGUUACCCACUGUGCUUUAGUGGCUUAGUGGUGUUCAUAUUCCUGUUCCUGGCCUUUAUCUUUACUCUGAUUGAUGGUUCUGACUGAACCCUUUCCCUGUCACUCUGACGUGUUCGGUGUGCUUGCUAAAAGUGAAGCAAGACUUGAUUUUUCUUUCACUUGCUCUGGAGCCUAAAUGAUAAAAGCUGUCAACAUGAAACCAAUGUUUAAAUGUCCAGACUACCCCAACUCAUGUUGCUUGAAAAGGUGGUUUUGAUAGAAUUUAUAAUUAUAACAGUAUUUAAAUGAGCUCUCGAUGGAUUUCAGUGGGGGAAAAGGUACCUUUGCUUGAAUAGGAACAAACCCAAUGUUGAUGUGUUCAGACUGGACUAAUUUCAGUUGCUUAUAUUCAGAUAUUCUGGUUUAGUAUUGUAAAUCUUUGAAAAUCUGCAUAAGUUAACAUGGGUUUGAAUGAGAACUACACAUUUAAAUGUGAUCUUGCUUCUAGGUUUAUUAAGCUAUAAUUACAACUUUUAAGCUUUAAGGCUAUCCUAAAUUGAAAUUCAGUUUUUUAUAAACUAAAGUCAAAUUGCAUAAUUAGGAUAACACCAACAGUACGUCCUAAAUCAUUCAAGCUAGAGACACCACACCACCAUUUCCCAAAUGUUUAGACAAACCCAACUUAAAAUUCUUAUAUUAAGGAAUGUAAUUUGCAUGAUUUGCAUUAAUUUAACUAGUAUUUCUUGAAUUGUUCAAGCUAGAAAGACCAAACCAAAUAUUUGAAAUGUUUAGGCUAUGCUGAUUUAAAAAAGUUAAGUGUAUUGACUGACUGCAAAUUAACUAUUUGCAAAAAAAACAUGGUUAAUCUUCUAACAACAACUUUUUAAACAUAAAUAACCUGGCAAGCACACUACAUUUACUUUUCCAAAUGUGUUUUAUAGUUUCCUUUCUUUGCUGUCCAGCUCCUACACCAAUUGGUUCAUAACAUGACAGAGAAACAGCAGAGAGUAGAUUUUCUAAGGUUCAUAUGAAACCAUAGGGGUGCAUGCACAGGGCUUUGACUCCAGUCAGUUUUCAGGGUUUCUGGGUGGACACUUCACUGUGAUGGGCUGCAAACAAAAAGAAAUGUUACUUUUUAAAAUGCAUUGUUUGCAAUAGUUAAUAAGAUUUAUUAUUGAGAACUUACAUUUACUGUACAACUACACUGUAGCUUGAUGAUGAUGGUGAUGAUAUUCCAUAGGCCUACAGUAUGACUGUUGUUUGAUACUACACUAACAAAUGACCUGGUGUCUUAACAAUGCAAUGUGACCUUCUGUAUUAUGCUCUGUGUAUAAAUAUGAGUGUAUAUGAACAGUUAUUGAUAUAUGAUUAUAAAAUGAGUCCUGUAGGUGUGUAUAGAGGGCAGCCUGUAGAACACCUUGCUGCAGUAAGGACACUCCCCAAACACAAUGCUGAAGCUCUGGCGACUCGAUGGAAUUCCUCGCAGCCACUGGGGACAGAACAGGACAAACGUAUGGUUUUCAAACCGGAUUAAAGUUGUUUAAAACAAUA